AUGAGGUUAUUUCGGGCACUCCCUAACAACAAUGAUAUCAAUAAUGAAUAUGAGGAUGAUUCCCAGGAAAGGUGUAGGCAAGAGCAAGAUUCUAAUGAUGAGUGUGCUCGUGUUGGAGAAAAAACUGAUAUUAUAAUAGCUUUACCAACAGGACCAGCUUUAGAAGGUUUCAUUUGUGAAGUCUCGGGAGGACUUCCAGCAGGAGACCCCAAAAAAAUUUGGACAGAUAAACUGAAAUUAAUGGAUGGGAUGCGAGAUAUGAUAAACAGAGUAAUGAAGCUCUUUCCUGGUCUACCACCAACAGAUUACAUGAAAGUCAUUGUAUUCGGAUGCCAAGUAAUUGGCUUACAAGUAAAUCUUUAUGCAAUGGAUGUCCGAACUUCAUUAAUUUAUUGUUUCGGAAUGAUUGAUAAGGUUUCUUUACCUGCCUCAACAAAUGAGUUGCCUGCUUACGAAGCAGUGCAUACAAUGUUAUUGGGUGAUGAUGAAAAUAAUGAAAUAAUUCAAGCAUUGAAUGCUGUCAAUUACUCUGAGGAUAGUUAUCCUCCUGAUAAAGAAGAAAAACCAUGGAGUUAUCAAAAUCAACCUUCUCAUACACCUUUUAAUUACAAUGAAAUUAAAAAAAAUAUACAGUGUCACCUAAGCCUUUUCACCAAAAAGCAAGACACGUCAUCCUAA